AGGACUCUUAGUAGCAUGAUAGCUCCAGGUAUCUCAGCACUCAUGCGACCCUUGUUAAGUGGACUGAAUGCGAGCAAGGUUCGCUUUAUUCAUCUCUGUGGGGUGACUGAGCAGCAUCGCACACCAGCUAAGCAGGGCUCGGAAAGAGGCUUCAGCUCCACACAGAAGCUCCCCGAUGCCCCUGGGGAUUCGAGCUCUGCAGACCAGGUGACAGUGCAUUUUAUAAAUCGGGAUGGAGAGCGACUUACGGCCACAGCCAAAGAAGGGCAGAGUUUGCUGGAAGUGGUGGUCAAUCAAAACUUGGCCAUUGAUGGAUUUGGUGCAUGUGAAGGGACAUUAGCCUGCUCCACUUGCCACCUCAUCUUUGAGAAGGACACCUUCCAAAAGCUGGAUGCCAUCUCAGACGAAGAGCUGGACAUGCUGGACUUGGCGUAUGGGCUCACAGAGACAUCUCGACUUGGCUGCCAGGUGUGCAUUAAGAAGUCGAUGGAUGGUCUGACAGUGCGGGUCCCCAUGGAUGUAUCAGACAUGAGGAGGCAGCUGGAGGUUGGAAAGCAAAGCAAACAGUAACUGGAAACAGCUCCUGCACAACUCACAUCCUCAUUUUAGGUGUGGCAGGGUACUUUGCUUUUGGCUAACACUAUUGCUUUUUGUGGCUGGCUUGCAGUAGACCGUAGAGGUCUGAUUCAGUAUAAAUGCCCAUUUGGCAAAUCUCUUGUUUAAACAAAGCUUAAUUCUAGGGCCUUUGGUACAUGUUUUAAGUGUUCUGCUGAACGC